AUGGGUUUGACGGAGGCGCUGGUUAAAAAAGGCCACGACGUUUUUGUUUUGGGCCCUAAUAAAGUGCCGGGACUGGAAGGAAAUUACACCUACUUUGAUUUUUCAUGGUUGUACGAGUUUAACGCUAACUUUACAACAGAGGGUGUAAAUUUACAGCAAGAAUUCUCUAGCCAAUUCAUGUGGAUUCCAUUUUUUAGAGUGUAUGCAGACAUGAUGCGACAAAUGUUUGAAAGUGACACCUUCAAGCACUUUCUCAGACGUGUACAAGAUGAGAAGAUAUCAUUUGACGUUGUAACCGUAGAAUCUUACGUCAUUCCGUACGGGGUAGCGCUGGCUCGUCUCCUAACCAGGAACAAACCCGUAAUCUCCCUACUGACCAUGACUGGCGGAGAUUUUUACAACGAGGAUGCAAUCGGGAGCAUAAAACAUUUGUCAUAUUCCCCCUCAAUGCUGAGUCCCUACACUGGACAGAUGAGCCUAUGGGAACGUCUAGAGAAUUGGGUUACGCAUCACUACAUUUCAUCGAGGUUGCAGAACAUUUUCGAAAGUUCAGCUAGAGCCCAUUUCCGAGACACUUAUGGUACGGAUGGAGAGGCUCUCGUGAAUGGGUGCUGGGAGAAUAUCAGUCUAGCCAUGAUAACCUCCAACGCUCUUUACUAUUACCCGAGGCCCAUCACUCCCAAUGUCAUCGAAGUCGGACCUCUCCACAUCAAAACGCCAGAAAAAUUACCGAAGAUACUGCAAGAUUGGCUGGAUGGAGCUAGUCAUGGCGUUAUUUACUUUAGUCUUGGCAGUAACAUGCGAAGUGAAAAAUUACCCCGAGAGGCGUUGGCGAAUCUCUUGAGGGUUUUCGGAGAGCUGCCAGAUGGUUAUCGGGUGCUGUGGAAAUGGGAAAGUGAUAGCGAGGUUCCAAGUGACCGGGUGACUGGACUGUCAAAUAAAAGAAAUAUACUUACUCAAAGAUGGAUACCGCAGCAAAGCGUCUUGGGAGUUUUUACUGGUUGA